UUCAUCAGGUACAAGUACACCUCUCUCUUUCUUUCUUGCAAGUUAUUACCAUAUCUCUGCCCAAUUGCCCAAAUAUCUCUAGCUUUCAGUCUUUCACUUUUGUACUCUUGUUUCUUCCAUUUUCUCCGUCAUCAAAAUUCCUGACCAUACAUGAUAAAUUCCCAAAAUCUCACACCAACCCUUUUCAAUUCACACUCUCUUUCCCCAAACCCCGACUCCAAGUUUCAAUCUUGACCCAUUUUCUAUGAACCCAUAAAAUCUCCGAUUCCCGCUUCGUUUUUUCUUCGCCGGAAAACCCAACAGCAAUGGCCGCGGCGGCGCUCAGGUCCAAACCCUCCCGCGAUUCCGUCUCGCAAUUCAGCUACUUCCUCUUCAAUUACAUGCACACGGGUCGCGUCGUCGCCAAUUCUCACUACCGCACCAAAGGCGACGACUUGUUCGUCAACACUCCCUACCACUUCACGGCCUUCAAGCCGGUGUCGUUUUCCGGCAACCUGGGCGGCCAGAGAGACGGCCGGAGUAGCAGUGAUAGGACUUUGGGGCAGAAAAUGAAUAGUAAUAGUGUUAUGUCGACGUAUGGAGACCCGCCGGAGGUUUGGUCCGGUGACGGGAUUGUGAUUCGGGCCGGGCCGGGGUCGAAUUUGGUCAAGGGCGGCGGCGGCGGCGGGGGUGGUGGUCCGGCCGGUGGUGGAGGUGGAGGGUUUGAUUCGAAUUCAAAGGAUGGGUGUUGGGGUGGGUCUAAUCUGGGGAGUAGUUUUCCUACUCCAAAGGAAAUUUGUAAAGGGCUUGAUAAGUUUGUAAUUGGGCAAGAGAGAGCUAAGAAGGUAUUGUCUGUUGCUGUUUACAAUCAUUAUAAGAGGAUACAUCAUGAGUCUCAGCAGAAGUGGUCUGCAGGAGAUUCAGGUAACAACAAAGCGGAUGCUAUGAAUGAUGAUAGAGUGGAGCUUGAGAAAAGUAAUAUUCUUGUAAUGGGGCCAACCGGGUCAGGGAAGACACUACUUGCAAAAACCUUGGCACGAUUUGUGAAUGUUCCCUUUGUCAUUGCAGAUGCAACAACAUUAACUCAGGAAAGAUAUGUGGGGGAAGAUGUGGAAUCGAUUUUAUACAAACUUCUUUCGGUUGCUGAUUACAAUGUGGCAGCUGCACAACAAGGAAUUGUUUAUAUUGAUGAAGUUGACAAGAUUACCAAAAAGGCUGAGAGUCUAAAUAUCAGCAGAGAUGUAUCUGGAGAAGGUGUUCAACAAGCAUUACUAAAGAUGCUGGAGGGGACAGUUGUAAAUGUUCCAGAAAAGGGCGCUCGAAAGCAUCCAAGAGGUGAAAAUAUUCAGAUUGACACAAAGGAUAUUCUUUUCAUAUGUGGGGGUGCCUUUAUCGACUUAGAGAAAACCAUCUCAGAAAGACGCCAAGAUUCCUCUAUUGGGUUUGGUGCUCCAGUUAGAGCAAACAUGAGAACUGGUGGUGUUACAGAUGCUGCGGUUACAUCAUCCUUAUUGGAGAUUGUUGAAAGUAGUGACCUUAUUCGGUAUGGUUUGAUACCUGAAUUUGUUGGGCGGUUUCCUAUCCUUGUCAGCUUAUCAGCACUAACUGAAGAUCAAUUAGUUCAGGUCCUAACGGAGCCCAAAAAUGCAUUGGGGAAGCAAUACAAGAAGAUGUUCCGAAUGAAUGAUGUCCAACUGCAUUUCACGGAAAGUGCCUUGAGGCUAAUUGCUAAGAAAGCAAUAUCAAAGAACACGGGGGCUCGUGGAUUACGAGCAAUUUUAGAAACUAUAUUAAUGGAUGCCAUGUAUGAGAUUCCUGAUGUUAGAACUGGUGAUGACAUAAUAGAUGCAGUUGUAAUUGAUGAAGAGGCCGUUGGAACUGAUGGCCAGGGUUGUGGAGCUAAAAUCCUUUAUGGUAAGGGUGCAUUGGAUCAGUAUCUUUCAAAACAUAAAGAGAAGGAUGUUCAGAUUGCAACCACCGAAGGGUCUGAUGUAGAGCCUGAAGGGGAAGCCGAGCUUUCAUCUGUUGUUGCUAGCAUGUAACUUUAUGUGGAAACUUAUUUGUAUCGCAAUCUUGUACAUAUCAAACAUUUAUUUAAUAAAUCAUAUAAAGCUCGUUGUGUACAACUUUUCACAAGGUUUGGCUCAGAGCUGUUUAGGAUAGGCUCUGUUAAGUCUCAUCAGAUAGUCUAUAGUACACCUCUCAGUCAUCUUUGUCAAAAAUGAUUGUUUCUUCAACUUUCAGCCACCGGAAACCUCAAGAUCGAGUGUAUAGUGUAUUUUGAUUGUUUCAUUGCUUUGA